CUGCACUCAAAGUCAAUAACCAAGUACCAACUGAUAUUGCUGGCUUUCUAGUUGCUGCGAUGGCUUCUUUUCUCAAACCCCAUAUAUCAAUAUCUCUUUGUUGAUCAAACUCAACUACCAAAGCCAACACUCAGUUGUAAAUUGUGUGAAAGAGUCAUGGAAAGAUUCUUUAAAAGAAAAUCAGACAUGCUACCACCCCCUGAAGAUAGUGUAAUGUCAAAGAAUAGUCGUGUUCGGGUAGAAAUAAACUUGGCAGAUCUUCCUUCAGAUCCUGGAUUACGAACCAGAAUUUCAGAUUACGAUCCGAACAUUCGAGACCAAGUUCGAAGAGAAUAUCUGCAAAGGGGUCCUUGUCAGCCCAGGGAACAAAAAUUUCUUCAAACCAAGUGUGGAGCUUCGAAACGAAGGUUUAUAUCUGCUUGGUUCGAUGAUUUUCCUAAUUGGUUGGAAUAUAGUAUAAACAAAGAUCGUGCAUAUUGUUUGUGCUGCUACCUAUUUCAAGCAAAUAUCGGAGAACAAGCAGGUGGUGAUGCAUUUACUAGUGAUGGUUUUCGAAAUUGGAAGAAGAAAGAAAGAUUAUAUGAUCAUGUUGGAGACCAUAAUAGUGCUCAUAAUCAAGCUUUCAAUAAGUGUGAAGCCUUGAUGAAUGAAGGACAAAACAUUCGAAAUAUCAUCCACAAGAAUGCUAAGCAAUCCAGAACAGAUUAUCGAAUUCGACUCACUGCAUCAGUUAAUUGCAUUCGGUUUCUUCUAAGACAAGGCCUUGCAUUCCGGGGCCAUGAUGAGUCAGACAAUUCAAGCAAUCAAGGUAACUUUCUUGAGCUUUUGCAAUUUCUUGCUGAUCAUGAUGAAGAAGUUAGAGCUGUUGCAUUGAAAAAUGCUCCAGAAAACCUCAAAAUGACAUCACCAAUGAUUCAAAAAGCCAUAGUAAAUGUUGCUGCAGUUGAAACCACAAAUGCUAUAAUUAGAGACAUGGAUAAUGCAUUAUUCUCUAUUCUAGUUGAUGAAGCUAGGGAUGUUUCUAUAAAAGAAUAGAUGGCUGUUAUCUUUCGUUAUGUGGAUAAGAAUGGUUCUGUGAUUGAACGUUUCAUUGGCAUUGAACAUGUUGCCAAUACCACUGCCAUUACACUUAAAGAAGCUAUAGAUGCAUUGCUUUGUAAACACAAUUUAAGCAUAUCAAGUUUACGUGGUCAGGGUUUCGACGGAGCCAGUAAUAUGAGUGGGGAACUUAAUGGCUUAAAGACACUUAUUAUGAAGGAGAAUUCCUCUGCUUUCUAUGUCCAUUGUUUUGCACAUCAGCUUCAGUUAGCUUUGGUGGCUGUAGCAAAGAAACAUAGCAUUGUAGGUGCCUUCUUCACAUCAGUUGGUCAUGUUGUAAAUAUUGUUGGUGCAUCUUCUAAACGGCGUGAUAUUCUUCGAGAAAAGCAGUCUCUCAAAGUUGUUCAAGCAUUGAAAGUUGGAGAACUUUCAAGUGGAAGAGGCUUAAAUCAAGAAAUUGAGAUUAAGCGUUCAGCCGAUACACGUUGGAGCUCACAUUAUGGUACGCUCAUAAACUUUACUGCCAUGUUCUCUCCCAUAAUUGAUGUGCUAGAUGAAAUUGCAUUUGACAAAGUAGGUUCUGAUCAGAAACAUGAUGCAUUUAUUUCAUUGGGAUUAUUGCAAUCUUUUGAUUUCAUAUUUAGUCUGCACUUGAUGAGGAUUGUACUUGGAAUUAGUCAUGAGUUGUCACAAGCCUUGCAAAAAGAUGAUCAAGAUAUAGUAAAUGCAAUGGAUUUAGUGAAAAUUUGCAAGAGAAAAUUGCAAGAUAUGAGGGAUAAUGGAUGGGAUUCUUUACUAGAGCAGGUUGUUGUCUUUUGUGGCAAGGAAAAUAUUAUGGUUCCCAACAUGAGUGAUCAGCAUCUAUGUAAAUGGAAAUCAAAACGCAAAAGUCCAGAAAUCACAAAUCUGCACUUUUAUCGCUUUGAUUUCUUUUGUGCUGUGAUAGAUCUCCAACUUCAAGAGUUAAACAAUCGUUUCAAUGAGGUUAAUACUGAGCUACUCCUUUGUUUGGCAUGUUUACGUCCGAAUCAUUCAUUUUCUGCUUUCAACAAGCAACGUUUGAUGCUUCUUGCUCAAUUUUAUCCGGAUGAUUUUUCUGCAUCAGAUUUGCUGGUACUACAAUCUCAACUUGAUAUUUAUAUUGAUGAUAUGCAAUCUAACACAAAGUUUCAAGACUUGCAAGGAAUUUCUUCUCUAGCACAGAAACUUGUCGAGACAGGAAAGCACAAGAUAUAACCAUUUGUCUAUCUACUCAUAACCUUGGCACUAGUACUUCCAGUUGCAACAGCCACAGUUGAAAGAGCAUUUUCUGCCAUGAACAUCAUAAAAAAUCGAAUGGGAGAUCAGUGGUUAAAUGAUAGCUUAACGGUAUACCUUGAGAAAGAUAUAUUCAAUGCCAUUGACAAUGAGCCUAUAAUUCAACGAUUCCAAAAGAUGGCUCCUCGUCGUGGACAGCUAUAGAUGACUUGAGCAGUAUUGUUUCUAUUUUGUUAGGAAAUAUUGAUUGUCUUUUGUGCUAGGAAAUAGCUCAAGUCUUUUUUGUAUAAUGCGAAUCAUAUUUGUGUAUUAUAUGGCAGUUAUAUGCACUGAUUGCAACCAAAUACAGGGG